CGAAAAUGAAAACUCAAAAUGGCUGCUUGUAUGAAGCAUAAAGUUAACCCUGUCCUUUAAAAGAAAACACCCAUCUUCUCCUUUUUUCAUGCUUUACCAAUAAAACCGAGUCGUCAAGACCAAUGACCCUGCCCCUCGUCCAACAACAUGCACAUUUCCCCCCACUAAUAACCAAACCCAACCUUUCAUAACCCUAAACCUAACCAACAUCUGGGAAUUAAAAGGGAAAUGAUGAAGAGGAUCAUGGUGAUUGUCCAUUGAUUAUCGAUUUCAAAGGUAAAUAAAAAACACCACCUUUCCAUGCUCAUUUCUUGUUUGAUUUUAUGUAGUAAUUAUUUUGUUAGUUAAUUUUGACGAGUUAAACUUGAAUUAGGUUUAAAUAUUAAAAUUUUAAAUUCAAAAUAAAUAUUUUAGUAUCAAUUUUCAUAGGAUUAAAUCAUAAAGGAUUAUGUGAAUUACUAAGUAAAUUAGCAAUUGCAGAUCAUGAAUUAUUUAUUAAUCAAAUUUUAUUAAACCUCUACUAUCCAUCCAAUCUUCUAAUUGAUCAAACCUUGUACCAAUUAGAUCUAAUGUUAUUAUAUAAUAUACACGUGAGGAAUACCUUAGCAUUUAUAGUUUUUCACAAUUAAAAAAAAAAAAGAAAAAGAAGAAGCAUGUUUUUGAUCGCUUUUUUUUUGGUGAAAAAAAUAUUUUUUUGGGUGAAAAAAAUAUAUAUAAUAAAGUUAAAUUACAAGGAAUACUCUGAGAGGUGCAAUGCUCCUCUCUUUAUUAGACUUAAGAAAAUCUAACACAUCAUUUGGGAGAGACUUAAACAGGCGUAAAACCUCAUCUCUUUCAAAAGCCAAUUUAGCAAGAUAGUCUGCGCAUUUAUUAUCUUCCCUGAGAAUGUGUCGUAGAAUCCAUUGGCUUUCUUGAGACAAAAUCCAGUGUAUUCUCCUGAUCAGAGCAGAGGUUGAGCUCUUCGGAACAUUUACAUGAAUAGCUUUGAUUACCUCCAAACUAUCAGAAUGAAUAAUCACGUUAUUAUGACCUCUGCGUCGGAUGAGCUUUAAGCCAUCUAGAAUUCCUCAUAGUUUUACGUUGGAUGAGCUUUUUAAAAAGUUACAAAAUGACUAUUAAAUUAUUCGAAAGUUUUUAUUUAAGUCAUUAAACUAUUAAAAUUGUUGUUGUAUAGUCUUUUCUAUUCACAUUGUCUGCACCAAUCAAAAACAUUUCUUUUCCUUUUUUUUAUAAUUCAAUUUUUUUUAUGAAAACAUAUGUAAACAUCACGAAUUUGUGAAUCAAAAUCCAUACAGCUUUUUUCUUCAAUCUCCUCUAUUGGUUGUCAAAUAGAUUUUGAUCUAUGAUAUGUUAUUUUACUCGUCGAUGUAUUGAUCUAUCGUUGAAUUGUUGCUUGGAGUUCACUAGUCGAAAUUAAAAAAAAAAACGAAUCAGCAUAAAAACUUAAAUAAAAAUUUUUAAAUAGUUCGUUAACUUAAAUGAAAAAUUUUGAAUAGUUUAAUAACUAUGUUGUAACUUGUUAAAAUUAAACUAUUAAAACGUAAAAUUUACUAAUAUUAUAGUGACAUUGGGUAUAGUUUACCCAAAGAUUAAAGAAAUGCAAAAAUCAUCUAAUGAUAUAAAUCAUUACAUGUAAAGCUGUUUUCAUGGUCUGCAUGUGAAAACGUGAUCACUCCAUUUCUUGUUCUUGUUCUGUUCCUUUAUAUAUAUAUAUAAAUGAAAUAGAAUCUCAGGCGUCACUGUCAGUUCGGCAUUCAAAUAUCCAUACAAAAAACAGCAAAUUGUCUUGAAACCCGCCGACCUUUCACUUUGUUUAUGUCAACCAAACUACAUAGACUCGACCGCUCCUUAAUUCCCAAUCUUGUCUUUAAGCUCCUUUUUUUUUUUCCCAAUGAAAGCUUUUCGGUUAUCUGUAACUUAGCCACUGUUAUCUGUUAAUGGAUUCUCCAUUGAGACAUGGAACCUACUGUUAUCCCUUCAAGAAGGAAACCUGGAUGCAUACAAUCCUUCUGUCAUUCCAAAGCAUCGGAGUAGUUUACGGUCGAUUGAGUACUGCUCCUUUAUACGUCUUCGGUUCGAUCCCUCAAAACGACUUCAAAUCUGAUGAGAGUGCGUACGAAUACUUCUCGUUUAUCUUCUGGACGUUAACGGUCCUUUCGUUAGUGAAGUAUACCUUCAUAGUACUCAAAGCCGACAAUGACGGAGAAGGUGGUACUUUUGCUUUGUACUCACUAUUGUGUAAGCAUGCAAAAGUCGGUCUACUCCCUAACGAUAAAACUUCCGAUGAUGUUACAAAUAGCGAGACUGGAAGUCCUUCCCGAACCAAAGCCGAAUCAAGAGCACGAAGGGCUAUCGCAAAACAUAAGAGUAGUCAUUACUUGAUGUUGUUCUUAGCAUUGUUCGGUUCUUGCAUGAUAAUAUGCGAUGCGGUCCUUACUCCGGCUAUUUCGGUUUUAUCGGCUGCAUCGGGUCUUCGACGAUCGUUAACGGAUAUCAAAUAUUCGUCAUCCCGUGAAACAGAGGAUUCGAUAUUGAAAGAUCUAAGGAAAUACGUACCUGUGCCUACUGCAUGUGCCAUAUUGGUUUGCCUUUUCACUCUACAACAAUACGGCAGCCAUAGAAUCGGGUCGAUAUUCGCUCCAGUAGUCAUAUUAUGGCUUUUAUUUAUUACCGGAGUUGGUAUAUAUAACAUUUUUCACUACGAUCCACAUAUCGUAUUUGCAAUCUCCCCGAAGUACAUGUACAAGUUUUUCCAAAGUACAAGCUGGCGUAGUUGGAGAUCAUUGGGCAGUAUUACUCUUUGUGUCGCAGGAUCGGAAGCAAUGUUUGCCGAUAUCGGUCAUUUCUCGAUGAAAUCGAUCAAGAUGACGUUCAUAUGCUUGAUUUACCCGGUUCUUAUUUUAAGUUAUGCCGGUCAAGCCGCAUUCAUCUCCCACGCACUCUCCAUAAAGGAUUCAUCCUUCGCUAUAGAUGAUUAUAACCAUUUUUAUAGAUCCGUACCCGAUCAUAUUCACUACGUAUUCACGAUUUUAUCUCUACUUGCAUCGGCAAUCGGAAGCCAAGCAACGAUAACUGCAUGUUUUUCGAUCGUAAACCAAUGCCUAGCGCUUGGUUGCUUCCCGAGAGUAAAAGUGAUUCAUACAUCAGAUAAGAUACACGGCCAGGUCUAUAUCCCGGAUCUUAACUGGAUGAUAAUGAUUCUUAGCCUCGGUAUUACAAUCGGUUUCCAUGAUAUCGUGCGAAUUGGAAAUGCAUCAGGCAUGGCUAUAGUCUCUGGCAUGUUGGUAACAACUUGUUUAAUGUCACUUGUGAUUGCUCUAUACUGGGAAAAGAGUCUGCUGCUGUCCACUUGCUUUUUGGUGUUUUUUGGGUCGAUUGAAGCCGUUUAUUUGUCAUCGAACUUGUUGAAUUUUCACAAAGGAGCAUGGUAUCUUGCUGUUCUUUUGGCACUAAGCUUGACUACCAUGGUUGCAUGGCAUUAUGGGACAUUGAAGAAAUACCAGUUUGAUAUAGAAAACAAGGUGUCUAUGGAAUGGCUUACGGAUCCCAGCUCAGGUCUCACAGUUUCCAGGGUGCCCGGAAUAGGCUUUGUUUACACCGACAUAGUAACCGGAAUCCCAGCUUUCUUCUCCCAUUUCAUCACGAAUGUACCAGCUUUUCAUCAAGUGCUGAUUUUUGUGUCAUUCAAGUCAUUGCCGGAACCUUUUGUUUCACCAACUAAGCGUUACCUUAUAGGCAGAGUUGGUAAUAGAGAUAAUAAAAUUUACCGAUGCAUCGUACGAUACGGAUACCACGAUCACAUCAGAGACUCAGAUGAUUUUGAGGAACAAAUCAUCCGCUCGAUCGGAGAGUUCAUUUCCUUGGAAGAACACGACGCCGAGUCUUUGAUGUCAACCGAAGGAAAAAUGAUCAUCGUAGGUAAACAACUCCCCGAAGGGGAUGCUUUGAUACCAUUACACGAUACAGGAGCCACAAGCUCGCCCUGUGCAUCAACUCAAACGAACAUAAACACAACCGAGGUUACUAAACUGAAAAGAAAGAGGAAAAAGGUACGAUUCAUGUUGCCGGCCAAUAGCCCAAAAAUGCGUUCGUCAGUGCGGGAAGAACUAAACGAACUGGUUGAUGCGAGGGAAAGCGGGACAGCAUAUUUCUUGGGUCAAUCACAUAUAGCGGUACGUAACGGCUCAAACUUUAUCAAGCGAUUCCUCAUAAUGGUAUAUGUUUUCUUCGAUAAAAAUUGCAGAGAACCUCAUGUGGCAUUGAACAUCCCUCAUGCAGCAUUGGUGGAAGUUGGUAUGGUCUAUAUAAUAUAAUUUGUAAAGUUAUUGAGUAGAAAAAUAUAUACAAUAUCGUCUUCAAAAUUCAAACCUGCGUAUUCCCAUUAGAGAUCAGUACAAUAUGUCUUACCAUUGCAACCAACAACUUGUUGGUAGCUUGGUUGUUUUCUUCGUGAAUACCAAAAUAAAUUGUAGUUUUCAAUAA